AUGGUUUCACUUCACCAAGCACUAACCAUGACUCCAAAAAAAGAAUCUCCUACAGAUUUUGAAGCUUCUCAAAAAAAGAGAAAAUGGGAUCAUUCACUUUCUCAUCAUGAAUUCUUCAAGGAUCAACAAACUCAUGAUCAUCCUAAAACAAAAUCCAUCUUUGAUAUUGAACUUCAUCUCAAUACACCUUUGCCUUCUGAUAAAUGGCAACAAUAUCUCACCCUUCAGUCAUUGUGUAACACAAAAAUGAAUAUGAAAACACAAGAAUCAAAGAGAGAUUGGCUUUUACCUGAAAACUCAUCAAUGGGUCAAAUAAGCUUAGACCUAGAGCUUAAUUUGACAAGUGAAACAUUGAAGAAAAAAGAAGAAACUAAUUACGAGAAUUUCGAGAAGAAGAAAAAGGAUUCAACAACAACUCCUUCAUGGUUAUCCUCAUCAGAUUCAGAUGGAGAUUACAAAGAAAUGAUAGCAACAGUUUGUAUGAGGUGUCACAUGUUGGUAAUGCUUUGCAAAUUGUCACCUUCUUGCCCUAAUUGCAAAUUCAUGCAUCCACCACCAGAUCAGAAUCCUUCUAAAUUCUUGAAGAGAACAAGGUUUAGUUUCUUGUCAUAA